AUGGCAGUGCUACCUGAAGAAAGAACUACUUUAAGUCGCCCUUUUACUAACACAGGUGUUGAUUUUGCCGGCCCAUUUGAAAUCAAAAGUUUCACUGGUCGAUAUUGCCGUAUCACUAAAGGCUACGUGUGUCUAUUUGUUUGUUUCUCUACUAAGGCGAUUCACAUUGAGGCCGUUAGCGAUUUGUCCACUCCUGCAUUUCUAGCAGCUUUGGCUCGAUUUGUUGCUCGUCGUGGUUGCCCUAGUCGCAUUUUCUCUGAUAAUGGAAGAAAUUUUGUUGGCGCUGCAAGAGAACUUGAAAAUAACUUCGAAAAACAUAUAAAAGAAUUACGUGAUUCGGCAGUAGAAAAUUAUGGUCAUCAACAUCUUAUGUGGCACUUUAUUCCUGCAGCAGCUCCUCAUAUGGGAGGAUUGUGGGAGGCAGGAGUAAAAAGUUUAAAAAUGCACUUUAAAAAGUCAGCUGGAAAAAUGAAAUAUACGUUUGAAGAGUUUUCGACACUUUUGGCAAAGAUAGAAUCGUGUCUCAAUUCGCGUCCUCUUGGCCCUACGUCCGACAGCAUCGAUGAUUUGUCCGCUCUUACUCCUGCUCAUUUUUUAAUAGGCUCUGCUAUUCUUACUCCUGCUGAACCUGAAGAGCUCAGCUCGGCAAUUAGUAUAGUAAACCGUGGGCGAAAAAUCAAAGCAUUGCAGCAAGAAAUUUGUCACCGCUGA